AUGGGAGUGGGUGGAAAUGGUGCUUUAGCUACACAAGUCAUAAAAACAAAAAAGAGAGAAUUCUAAUAUCAGCAAAUCGAUUAGUUACAGCAAAAGAAAAAUUAGAUUUUACAGCCCAACCAAUAGAACAAGAAAGAGAUUGCUGCUACGAAAAUAUUUAGAUUUUUGUAUAAAAUUUAUAAAUAGUAUUAUUUUAAUAAUCAUUAUUUAAGAAAAGAGAAAUAACAUCGGUAUCGAAAUUUUGUAAUUGAAGAGUUGAUAAAUACCGAAAGAAAUUAUUUAAAUGAUUUGAAAUUAUUAAUUGUCAUCUAAAGUUAAGUUAAACAAUGGCUAAACAAACAAUAAAUUGAAAUAAUAUUUAAUAAUCUCCAAUAAUUGUAUGAAUUAAAUAGCUCUUUUCUUUAAGAUUUAGAAGGGUUUCUUCCUUAUAACAGAUCCAAAUUAUUAGGUCCAAUAAUCAAAGGAUUAGCUCCUUUUUUUAAAGUGUAUUUCCCAUAUUAUGAAGGAUUCAAUAAAUCUAUGGCAACUCUUAAAUAAUGCAUAAAUGAUAAAGAAGACUUCAGAAAAUUUCUAAAAAAUAUGUCCUCAAUCAAAGACUAUAAUAAUUAAGAUAUUGACAGUUUUUUAAUUAAGCCUGUUUAAAGGAUACCCAAAUACAAUCUCCUCUUAGAAGACUUAAUAAAACAUACUGACAAAAUUCAUCCUGAUUAUAAAAAUUUAUGCGAGAGUUUAGAACUUUUUAAAAAUAUAAACGAUGAUAACAACAAAAAUAUGGAUAAAUUUUUAUCCAGUAAAUUGUUUGAUAUGGAGAAAUGGUUUGGAAAUAAACUAAGCUAGAAAUUAGUAGAUACUAAAAGAAAAUACAUCACAGAACUUUUAACAUCAAUUUUAGAUCAAACUAAUAAAGUCAUCAUUGUGACUGCUUUUAUUCUUAGUGAUUUAAUCAUUAUUGGAGAAAGAUAGGAAAAUCAAUACCAAUAUAUAUAGAGUGUAUUUUUAGAUGAACAAAGUGGAUGUUUAGAUGUAGAAAAUUAAUAACACCUUUAAAAUAUUUACAUCUUAUAGGGUAUGAGAGGGUAAUCAAUUACAUUUAUAGAACAGACACCAAAUGAUAAAAUUGAAAAAAUGGCUAAGUUACAAAAAAUAAUUCAAGAAUGCAAAGAGAAAUCAAAAUAUACCUUUUAAAGGCAAACAAUUCGGGCAGGGUCUGAAAUAAAGGUAUAAUUAAAUAAGAUUAAAGUGACUGUGUUAGGUCUUGAUGAAAGACAUGAAAAUUUGAGUAGUUAUAAAGUAUAUAUAAUUGAAGUUGGCAUCGAAGAGGUUUUUUAGAAAUUAUUUUUAAGAUUUAGUUAAUGUAUUAAAAUUUAGGAUUAUAUUAAAAAGAAAUACCCAACGACCUAAUUAAAUUUCUUAAAAUAAAAUACAACUUUGAGUUUAUUGAAUGAUUAAAAGGAAAUUGAAUCAAGGAUGAUCGCGAUUCCUCUUUUUGUUUAAUCUGUUCUAAUAUCUGAUAUUACAAGACAGAAUCCAUAAAUUUUGAAGGACCUAGGAUUACCUGAGAAUUUUUAUGAUUUGCCAUCUGAGGCUGAUAAUUUUAGGAAUCAAAGAACAGGCAAUCAAAAGGCACCUGAUAGAUUCAAUUAUGUGACUCCUACUAGAACACUGAUUAAGACAUUUGACUAUGGAAAUGAUUAAUAAUCUCUUUAGAGUAAUUAAUGCAAUCGUAGAUUAUUAAGCGCCUCCUCGAUGAUGAGUAGAAAUAUUACUUUAGUAGAAGAAAAAAAAAAGUAAAAAGAAAAGGAUGCUAUUUCAAUCAUAGUAAAUCAUGCUAUACCUAAAGAAAAGCCUUGGGAAUUUAAUGUUAAAAAUAAUACUAAAGUGUUGCACGUAUUAGACUAGAUUUAGAAGGUAAUGUAAUUGCAAUAAAUAUAUGACUUUAAAUUAUAUAUUUAUGACAAUAAAUCUAGAGUGAAAAUAUUGUAAAAUGAUGAAAACAUAUGUGAUUUAUUUGGGGAUAGCUUUAUUUUUGCAAAAAAAAAGAAAGAGCUUUGGUUUAAAAAGCUCUUGUAUUAAGAUAUAGAAUAUGAGAAGACCUUGUUAUAGGCUGAUAGUGCUAGGAUGAAACUUUUAUAUUACUAAUUAGUUAAGGACAUCUAAAUUUCUACAUUACCAUUUCCAACUUAAAAUUAAUAUAUUAAAUUAGCUGCCAUUCAUUUGUAUUUAUAGAACUGCAAUCUCUCUUAUAAUGUCAUACAAUAAAUCAUCCCAUCAUCCAUUUUAUAACUUAAGUAAAGAGAGUAUUGGAAUUGUGUUGUAACCUAAGAAUUCAAGGAAUUCAAGUCAGGUAUUUAAAAUACUUAAUCCACACUAAUUCAAAUCAAUGAAACUGAAGAUAUUGCAAAAGCUAAAUCAAAAGGCAUUUUUUCAUCAAUCAUUCAAUCUAAUCAAAAUCAAUUUUCCUAAAUUGAGAAUGUUAAUGUUGAUUCAACAAAAGUAAUGAUUCAGUUUAUUUAAGAAUGUUUGAAAAACGAAUUUUGCAUUUAAUAAUUAUUUUCAAUUGUUUGCAAAGAAACUUUGACUUUAUUUGGCGAAUAAAACUUAUUUCUGGGUAUUGGUUAUCAUGGAAUUCGACUCUAUAGUAGCUCAAAGGAUAGAAUAUGGGAAAAAAUCGAUAAACCACAAUCUUUCAAUGUUUUCCCAGGAUCUAUCGAAAUUGGAUUUAAAGGUAGGAAGCUUAAGUUUGAAACAAAUUAAGGAUUUCAAAUCUAAUCUUUGUUUGAUGAAUAUUAAGCAAUCAAAUCUUAGAAUUAAGAAUGA